UUGGAAUUUACGAGCACCCUUGAAUGCAGCAUGUGCACGGCGCGUAAAUUUUUGUUUUUCUGCCCGAAAUCAUCAGAGAUCAAAUUAAAGUGACCUGAUAAUGGGAGAAUCAACACCAAUGACAGGAAAGAUGCUUCCUCCAGUACUUCCCCAGAGGGCCAUGAAAAACAGCAAAGGCCCUAAACAGCCAACACCACAUGAGACCGCUGCAAAUCAAGACACAUCUCCACCGAUGAAGAGAAAAGCUCCAUCCAAACCAUCAACAUCAGAAUCAGCAGAUAUAUUUGAGGUUACAGCUGCAGGUGCUAGUAGAGAGUUCAGGAUGCUGUCCUCAAAGUUUGCCCAAGUGUUAUGUGAGAGAGCUGCAGCGGACUCCGCCCAGAUGGAGGAGCUGGAUGGACUUUUGAGAGAGGCUCAAAACUUUCAAGCUUACCUUAUAGGGAAGAAAAACCUUCUGAAGCAAACACUGGCCUCCAUCUCUGAUAAACUGCAGGGCUAGGUGUGCUUUGUUGGGAUGAAACAGUUCUGGUCAUUCUACUCUUUUUGUUUACAUGUUGUGCCUCUCUAGUUCGUUUUGGUAUUGCUUUUUAUGUAGCUAUGAAAUGAUAUAUAAAUACCUAAUGUUUGUUUUAAGUUUACGCAAUUAUUUGAUGAGGCCAAUAUUCAUGCUUUCAUAGUUUUAAAUACAUCACCACAAUCUCACGUUUCAUUCUUCAUACAGGGCUUACAUUUACAUAUAUACAUUUAAUAUAGUUUAUGUAUAUAAUAAAACAUAUAAAGAGAAAGUUAUGUGUUCACA